GUGGUGUCUAUGGGCCUGUAUAUAGGGGAACAGGCAUAUCUGAAAAGCAGCUGGAACGUGUUGGACGGCUUCCUGGUCUUUGUGUCGUUGAUUGACAUUGUGGUGUCCAUGGCGGGCGGGGCUAAAAUCCUGGGGGUGCUGAGGGUUCUCAGAUUACUCCGCACACUGCGCCCCCUCAGGUAGGGAGGACAUACUACAGACACACACUGCACCCCUUCAGGUAGGGAGGACAUACUUCAGACACACACUGCGCCCCCUCAGGUAGGGAGGACACACUACAGGGGGGUUCACAUAAUGUCCUUGUCCCAUAGUGGUGAAAGCAGACUAGUUGUGCAGUAUUGUUUCUUUGGUGAUUUGGGGUCAGUUUAGUUUAUUAGGAUCCCCAUUAGCUGUUGCUCAUGCAGCGGCUACUCUUUCUGGAGUUCACUUUCCCUUAUACCUGAAAGACCAGAAAAAUGUCACCUUUGAAAUAUAGAUUUAUAUACACCCUCUCUGAGUCAGCUGCAAAUACUGUAUUUUGGGAAGCACUCCUCUUACUAACUCUGCAUCCCUCUCUCUCUCUCUCCCUCUCUCUCGCUCUCUCACUCUCCCUCUCUCUAAUCUUCCAUCUCUCUCCCUCUCUCUCUCUACCUCUCCCUCUCUCUCCAUCACUCUCUCUCUCUAACCCUCCAUAUCUCUCCCUUCCUCUCUCUCUUUCCCUCCAUCUCUCUCUCUCUCUCUCUCUUUCUCUCUUCAUUCCCUCCCCCUCUCUCUCUCCCUUCAUCUAUCUCUCUCUAUCCCUCUCCCGCUCUCUCUCUCCUCUCUCUCUCUCUCUCUCUGUUUCUCUUUCUACAGGGUGAUCAGUCGAGCCCCAGGUCUGAAGCUGGUAGUGGAGACUCUGAUAACAUCUCUGAAACCUAUAGGAAACAUUGUCCUUAUCUGCUGUGCUUUCUUCAUCAUAUUUGGUAUCCUGGGGGUGCAGGUAGGGGCUGUUAUCAUUUGAGUACUUGUCUCUCAAUCUUUCUUGCUCUGUGUCUUGUUUUCUAUCUCUGUUUUCCUCUAUCAUUUUAUCAAGCUUUCACUUUCCCUGUCUUUCUCCUCCAACAUAUACCCUGUCUUUCUCCUCCAACAUAUACCCUGUCUUUCUCCUCUAACAUAUACCCUGUCUUUCUCCUCCAACAUAUACCCUGUCUUUCUCCUCCAACCAGUGGCGGCUCCUGAAAAAAUUCUCAGGGGGGGCAAUUUUUCUGAUGAUUUAGGUGACCUACACACAUUUUAAAAAAGAUAUGUCCAGCAACAACAUGAAGACAGGGGCAGCAUAUAAGUCAAUACCAGAAGCAUUUAUUGACUGAUCUCAAAAGUGUUGGCUUACCAGGGUUGGUGGAGCCCUCAGUUUCAUCUUUGCCUCGCAAAGCUAACUCAAACACUCCGCAAAACUUCACACACUGGAUUAGCCGGCUGAGGAUGUGGCGGUUCUUGCUAAUGUCGUAGUAAAUAUAUUUGUUAUAGUGAAUAUGGAAUAUGAUAUGUUGAGUAAAAUGUUGUGCUAAGAUCUAUUUAGGUCAGGAGCUGGUUAUAGGUUCUGUUCCUAUCCAAUAACAAUGGACAAAAGGGUCCUAUCUUGUCAGCCUUGUCAGUUUCAGUUCUCCAGUAAACUUGUGAUUAUCAACACUAACCUCAUCGUUGUGGCGGCGGACAGCUAGCCUGUAUCCCUCAUCCAGUUGAGUGGGAAUGUUCACUCUCCCCAAAGCAGACAAUCUCAAACAGCUAUCCAUGUGGGUCUUUGACAGCUCAUGUUUCUUAAUCUUUCCUGAAAGAUGGUGCAUGUCCGUUACACACCAGUCGCUGUCCAAGCGGUGCUGUCUGCCGUGCCGCCUUCAGGGUGAAAGAGUAAGCAGGGGGUAGCAGAAGACUGCAUUAGCUACAUCGCAGCCUGCUAGCCAGGUUUAUCGUUCGUACCAAUUUUUGGAAAAUCCUCGGGUGUAGGACUUUCCCCCUUUAGUAGAAACCUGUUGAAUUAUUAAAUUUGGUCUGGGAGGUCCUAAUUGUUUCGUUGCCAAUUUAUCUUGAUUUGUUCGCCGACAAAAAGGAACUUCUUUCAGAGAGACAAUCGAGUUGCACUGAACGCUAGCCAUCUUGACAGUAGUACGUGAAUUGAUUGACGCUGCUACCCGCUCUUUUCUUAGUUAUGUUCAUGGUUAUGUUACUUAUGACGAAAGCGCGUAAGUGCAAGCCCUCAGAAACCCAUAGAGAUUGUAUUGAAAGCUCUGAUAUUUGAAAAAAAUAGAUUUUACAUGGGAGUCUAUGACAGACUUCUGGGCGAUUUUCAACCUGACUGAAAUCGCCCCAAAAGGGGGGGGGGGCCAUUUGAAGCACGACUUUAGCCUGAUUGGACAUUUAGUGGCACUGUGGCAGAUCAGACGUCUAGAUUACAACACUGAUAACUACUGUUGCUGUGAUAUAAUUGAUUAGAAAAAAAAUCCCUUCCUUUUCCCGUUUGGCAGUGCGUCGCCCAUAUCGCCCUAUUGAACACACCGCCCCUGCCUCCAAAAUAUACCGUCUUUCUCCUCUAACAUAUACCCUGUCUUUCUCCUCCAACAUAUACCCCUUCUUUCUCCUCUAACAUAUACCCUGUCUUUCUCCUCCAACAUAUACCCUGUCUUUCUCCUCUAACAUAUACCCUUUCUUUCUCCUCCAACAUAUACCCUGUCUUUCUCCUCUAACAUAUACCCUGUCUUUCUCCUCUAACAUAUACCCUGUCUUUCUCCUCCAACAUAUACCGUCUUUCUCCUCUAACAUAUACCCUGUCUUUCUCCUCUAACAUAUACCCUGUCUUUCUCCUCCAACAUAUACCCUGUCUUUCUUCUCCAACAUAUACCCUGUCUUUCUCCUCCAACAUAUACCCUGGCAUUUCUGUAUCUCUGUUUCCUCACCUUCUACCUCUCCCUCUGUUUUUGUCUGUCCCUCUGUCCCUGUCCCCUCUCUGUCUUUAUCAAUAUUUGCCAUCUGUCUUCCUCUAUCUUUCUCUCUCCUUCCUUCCCUCUCGCUUGACCAUCUAUGUAAUGACCACCUCCCUAUUAUUCCCAUCAAGUGUGUCUGUCCUUUGAUAAUGACAUAUGAAGGAAACCACUUCUAUGUGAACACCACCAACAACAACAAGACAUCUGAAGUGGCUCUGUCCAUUGUUUCCAUUGUUCCCUGACAGCUGUUCAAAGGGAAGUUCUUCUACUGCUUCGGCCCCGACGUCAAGAACAUCACCAACAAGUCUGACUGUCUGCAGGCCAACUACAAAUGGGUCCAUCACAAGUACAACUUUGACAACCUGGGACAGGUGAGGAUUUCUCCCAGUAUCAAUUUCAGAAGAGGUGUCAAACUGAUGGACAUGGUGGAGUGGGCCAGUAUGAAAUACUGAACAGAUGUUAUGUCUGUGUGUUUUUGUCUCUAUAUGUUCACGUGUGUUUAUAUUUCAUGUCUUUCAUGUGUGUUCUGUUUAUCUGUCUGUAUGUCUGCAUUUCUGAAUGUGUGUGUGUGUUCUGUGUGUGUAUAUGUGUGUGUGUGUUCUGUACCACAGGCUCUGAUGUCCCUGUUUGUGCUGGCUUCGAAGGACGGCUGGGUCAACAUCAUGUACCAUGGCCUGGACGCUGUAGGGGUGGACCAACAGGUAA